ACUACGAGAAGAGGGACAUUUAUUAUUAUUAUUAUUUAAAAAAAAUUAAAAAAAAGAACAAGAGGAAGAGGAGACAACCCAGCCCAGGACAAAUAAUGUCGAUGAGCCCCAAGCAUACGACCCCCUUUUCCGUGUCCGACAUCCUGAGUCCGCUGGAGGAGAGCUACAAGAAAGCGGCCGCCGCCGCCGCCGCCGCCGCCGCCGGCGGAGGAGGCGGAGCGGCGGCGGCCAGCAACUUGGGGGGCUACCGGCAGCUUCAGGGCUCCCACUCGGCCAUGCAGCAGCAACACCACCACCAUCACCACCACCAUCAGCAGCAUCACCACCACCACAUGGGACCCAACUCCGGCGGUGGUGGCGGCGGGGGCGUUGGGGGCGCGGCGGCAGCGGCGUCGUACCACAUGAGCGCCGCCGCGGUCAGCGCGGUGGGCGGCUACUGCAACGGCAACGUGGCCGGCGAGCUGGCGCCCUACCAGGACGGCGUCAGGGCGGCCGCCGCCACCGGAUGGUACCCGGCCAACCCCGCCGCGGACCCGCGCUUCUCCACUAUCUCCCGCUUCAUGCACGGCUCGUCAUCGGCCAUGAACAUGGGCGCCAUGGGCGGGCUGGGCGGCCUGGGCUCCUUGGCCGAGGCCCACGCCAAGGGGGCCGUGCACGGCUCACUGGGCUCGGCGGUGCCGCGCCGCAAGCGGCGCGUGCUCUUCUCGCAGGCGCAAGUGUACGAGCUGGAGCGCCGCUUCAAGCAGCAGAAGUACCUGUCGGCCCCGGAACGCGAGCACCUGGCCAGCAUGAUCCACCUGACGCCCACCCAGGUCAAAAUCUGGUUCCAGAACCACCGCUACAAGAUGAAGAGGCAAGCCAAGGACAAGGUGUCGCAGCAGCACAUGCACCAGCAGGAAGCGGGCUCGGCGUCCGCCUGCCAGCAGCAACAGCAGCAGCAGCAAUCGCCCCGUAGGGUGGCGGUUCCGGUUCUGGUCAAGGACGGCAAGCCGUGUCAAGGGACGGCGGAGGCCCACCAGCAGCAGCAGCAGCACCACCACCAACAGCAGCAGCACCAGCACGGCCACGGGCAUCCAGCGCCGCCGCCGCCGCAGCAGCAGCAAGCCGCCAACGUGAUGCUCAUGUCCGGCCAGCAGCAGGUGGGCAGCGCGGGCCAAUCUCCGGAGCUGUUGGGCGCCGGGGGGGCGCCGCUGUCGCCCGCCUGCCCUCAAGUGGGCGGACUGUCUCACCUCAACUCGCCAGCCGCCGAAUACGGAAGUGCGCUGCAAUGCUCGGCGCUCUUGUACGGCAGGACGUGGUGACCAAAAAGGGUGGCACGAACGCGAAAUAUUUCGCCACAAGAACACAUAAAAAAAAAAACAACAAAAACUUUUCAUGGGAAGGAUUUUUCGGACUCGCUUUUUUUCUACCGCAACUCGUGGGAUUUAUUUAUGUAAAUUAUAUCUACUCUGAUAUCGAUAUCCAUUAAUUUUUUUUUGCCCUCGCCCCCCCAUGUAAAAAGCCAACACCCCCCCCCUCUAUUGUUGUACAGUUCUUUUUUUUGUUAUUGUCGUUUGGUAUUUGUAUUAUUUGUAACUUAUCAUAGAUAUUUGACUUACCACACACACUAAAGUCCUAUUAAUAAAUUAUGGAAAGCUGA